AUGACAUUACAAUCAGCUGAUUAUAAUGAAGAUCUAGCUGAUUUGGGAGAGAAAUUAGAAAGUUUAACAUCUUCAGAUGUAGCCCAAUUCUAUCACUCGGGUACGAGUGGUGAAAUUGCAAUGCCCAAGAUAAAGGUUGAAGGAAUGGGUAUAUGUUCUUUCCCAUUCCAACCAGAACAAAUACAAAAAUUAAUUAAAGUUGCUGAAAAGGCUCCUUUUGGUAAGAGAGAAAAAACAUUGGUCGAUGAAAAAGUAAGAAAAGUAUGGCAAAUUAGUGGUGAUAAAGUAACGAUUGUUGGAGAUAGUUGGGAUAAAUGGUUAAGUGAUACAUUGGUCAUGAUAGCACAACAAUUGGGAAUUGGAGAUGAAGAGAUUGAAGCUAAUCUAUAUAAAAUGUUGGUCUAUGAAAAGGGUGGAUUCUUUCUACCACAUCGUGACACUGAAAAGGAGAAGGGCAUGUUUGCCUCUCUUAUCAUUUCUCUGCCAUGCCAACAUAGUGGUGGCGACUUGAUUGUAUCGCAUGGAACACAAGAGGUAACACUAUCAUUGGUCAACAACACUGUCAAUAAUGUCAAAUUUGCAGCAUUUUAUGCAGAUUGUCGACACGAGGUCAAACCAGUUGCAUCGGGUCACCGUAUAUGCCUUGCCUACAAUUUGGUCAGAGACGGCAGGCAAUAUGACCCAACUGCCACCAAUACAGACAAUUUAGACGAAUUGGUCCAAGAAUUGCAAAGUUGUCUUGUCUCGCUAGACGAAUCUAUCAUCUAUGUACUAGAUCACCAAUACACACUCAAUCAAAUGACCUUUAACUUGCUCAAGGGUGAUGACCAAUCAAAAGCCUUUUUACUAUUAAAGGCGGCAUCCAAAUUGACCAAUGUCCUAGUUGGUAUUGGUACUAUCAGUAUCACAGAGACUGGCAACUAUGGCUAUGGAAACGACGACUAUGAAGAUGAAGAGCUUCGAGAAUGCAAUAUGGAAAAUAUAGUGGGACUAAUUAGCCGUAAAGCAUGGAAAAACUCUUCGUUUGGACUUGAACAAGUUUUGCCCCACGAUGCCUUUCAAGAUUACGAACCAGACCACGAAAAAAUAGAAGAACAUACUGGAAAUGAAGGUGCUACCUAUGAAAGAUGGUAUAGAUGUACUGGUUUAAUUAUAAAAUCAACUGGAGAAAUUAAUCUUAAACCUUCAAUUGUAAGGGAAAUUGAUGAAGUUGUUGAUGAAGAUGAUGAAGAUGAAGAAGAUGAGGAGGAGGAGGAAGAGGAAGAGGAAGAAGAAGAGGAAGAAGAUGAAGAAGAGGAAGAAGAUGAAGAAGAGGAAGAAGAUGAAGAAGAGGCAGAUAGACAAAAAAAGAGGAAACGUGGUACAUCAAGUAAUCCAAUUGUACUUUAA